UUAAUCAUAUAACGGUCCAUAGUCCAGAUCUAUUACAACACGCCAGGAAAACAAAAAUCAAAAGUUUUUCAAGUCCUCCCACGUGUUGUCAUUUGGAAUAGGGUGUUCUAAGGUGGCAGAAGAAAGAGAGAGUAUCCUCAACUUUAUUAUUAUACUAGUGGUAUUCCGGCGCUACGCGCCGGAUUCGUAUAUUUUAUUUUUACAUGAAUUUACAGUUUAUUUUAUGGUCUUAGUAAAUAAAAUAUGUUCAAAAUAUGAAAAUAAAAAUAUGUUGCAAGAGAAUGAUAUUUUUUUCUGAUCAAUUUGAUAGUGGUUAGCGACUAUAUGGUGUUAAUUUAUUUUGAAGUUGAUUAGUUCAAAGUGAAAUAACAUAAGUGGUUGUGACUAAUUGAUUUAAUAAAAGUAGAAUAAAAACUAUUGUCGUAACAAAGUUAAUUUAGUUGAAAUUUAAACAUAAAGUAGAGUUGAUUUUUUAUUUAGAAAACAUACUUAUACUGUUUAAUACCAUGUGGACAGCAUAUAGACGAAACGUCAUUUGAAAUUUUAUUUUAUUUAAGUAACAUAUAGUACCUAUGGGGGGGGGUGAAUAAAAAAGCAAAUAAUAUAAAUAUUAUUUGAAGUUUAAUAAAUUUAUGAAAUUUUCAUUUAUUUUAAUUUAAAAUAGUAUUAAAUUUUACUAUUUGUUAUUUUUUCAAAAAAUACUAUCUAUUUUAUUUUUUCAUUUAUAUACUUGUUCGACCAUUAUUGUUUUUCAUGAAAACAAAUUUGUUUUAAUUUUUUGAAAUGUUUUUCUAAAUUUACAAAGAUAAUAAGAAUUAUAUUAAAAAAAUUGUGGUCGAUUGUGUUAGCAUAUAUUAUUUUUCCUUUUAUAUGUUUGUUUUACCUUUUAUUCUAUACAAUUUUUUUUUGUCAACGUAUACAUUUUUAUUUAAACUGUGGAUUUAUAUGAUGUAGCCGAUUCAUUGUAUUAAAAAAAUAUUUCUGGACAUAGAUUAGCUGGAGAAACUUAACUUAUUAAAACAAUGACAUGGUUUAAGGAAAAUGUCUUAGUUUAUACAAAGUGAUUUUUUUUUUUAAGUCUUCAAUGCAAUGUUCAUGUGAACGCAUCUUCGUAGUCAAUCAGUCAUCAAACUUGUUAAUAAUAUCAUUGUUUCUCUUCUUCUUUGUGGAGCGCCCUUCCUCCAGAACUGCUGCAUCCUCUCAUGUAUUCUUGUCAGCUACAGGUGACUCAUUUGGUUCACUUAGAACAGUUGUUUGCCCAUCACCAUUCCCAUCAGCAGUGCUUCUUCUAAUGUCUGAGUCCCUCAUGUUCUCACAUGGAUAACUUCUUUUCACAGCUCCACCACCAGACAUGUAAUCACCGGGUUGUCAUUGCUACCUUAGUUUUUGAUCAUUGUCAUUAACAAUGUUAAACAAUGAUCAAAAACUUUCGUAGUUUCCCGACAUAGCAAAAUGAAGUUAAUGUACUGACUUGAUUCUCAAAAUUUGGUUGGGCUGGGCGCUAGUGACAAUUGUAUAUGAGCUCUGCUGUUUGGAUGAGAAGUUGAAUCGAGAAACCUUCAACUGGAAGGUGAAGGUGCGGCCGAAAUUUUUUUUUGAUGCAUUAUAGAAGGGCCGAACUCCGGGGGUCUUGGAGCCCUGCGUUCUGGUGAGGGAUAAUAUUUCAGUUACUUGAAUAUGCAGUUUACGUAAAAUACGGACAGAGAAAUGUGCGUAAGUUGGUAAGUGUUACCAUUUGUUGGGAGACCUCUCCAACCCUGGUAUUUGUCAACUAACUUAUUACAGUAUCAAAAGCUACAAACUCAGUUGAGUCAGAUGCAUCGGAGACUGUCACAUUAACAAUUUCAGAAUGUGACAUAUAAUGUCUAUAAAAGUUUACUAUCAACAAAGCUGGAAGGAGGAAGAAUUUUGUGCUGAUAAAACAUUACCUCACAACCCCAAUUGAAUUCUCUUUAUUACAUGAAACGCAAGUGAAGGAGGAGAAGCCUCGUUACAGUAUGCGAAAAAUCUUAGUGCACGAAAUGUAGCACCAUCAGUAGAUGGUAUCAAUGCCACUUACUACCCCAGUGCAUAGGAACUUAACGUUCUACAACAAUGUAAAUUAAGAGAGGCAAAGGUUAUCUUGUGUUUACCAGUGGGGAGGCGUUCAAAACAAAGGAAUUAAGCUCAGCCAAUGUUACCGACUCUAUCUUCCUCAAUGUCUGACGUGACAAUUUUGAAUCUCGCUCUUUCUUCUCCGGCCGAUCUCUCAUCUUUACCACCUCAUGAUGAUGUCCACGGGUCUCUGACAGAUAGGAACAAAGCAAAUAAAAAAAAUCAUCAGAUAAGCUUAAAUAUUUGAAGGAGGAGGUCGAAGCAAUCAAUACCUGAGAAUUUCCGUCUCUGUUUUGUAAUUCCAUUUGAAGAAGGCACGAUGGUAGAUGAUCGUCAAGCUUCCCUGGUUCAACAAAUAAAACAAUAUGCGUGAAUUCUUUUGUUACACCCGAGUUCUAGCUUCCCAACUCCGAGCAAUUGUGCUACUUCUCACCAAAUAUGUUUCAUAUGAAGCUAUCUUUUGAGUAUCCUCGGGUUUCAACAAAUAAAACAAUAUGCGUGAAUUCUUUUGUUACACCCGAGUUCUAGCUUCCCAACUCCGAGCAAUUGUGCUACUUCUCACCAAAUAUGUUUCAUAUGAAGCUAUCUUUUGAGUAUCCUCGGGUUUAAAUUUGCCAUUUUGUACUGUUGUUUUGCUGCAUACAUCAAAUAAACAAAAAUCAAUUCUCAGGAAAAUAAGAAUUUCAAAUCAGAAACAGCCAAUGAAAUAUAUUGUCAUUAACAUGUAUAUAGAAAAUAUCUUUCCCACACUCCUCAUCACAGAUACUGAGCUCAAAAUACUCUUGCUCCUCAGACUCUUCCUUAGGUAUCUCAGUCUCAUCUACAUGUCUGGGUUAUGACAGUCCAUAUAAGUCUCAAUCAUAAGGUCAUAGCCUUUCAGAUUUUAGCCAUCUUCGCCAAAGCUGUUCUUUUCCUGUCAAAGUUUUAGCUACAGUCUUGACAUAAUAUCUCUACCCCUUUAAACUGCCUAAUCACAAACCUUGAUGCACCAGCAGACUCAAAUCAAACCUGACAUUGAAAGCUUUCUUCUUCUGUUUAUGUUUAGAUUAGUAACACACAUGAGAAACAUCCAAAGACGUAUAAAAGUUUGUGAAAGUUACCUCCCAAAACGGAGCUGAGCCAGAGUAAAACAUAAACCAUCACGCCUGCGCUCGAAAUAUCUGCUUCUGGAUCGUAAUGCUUGGUCAGAACUUCAGGAAAAAUGUAGAAUGGACAUCCAAACAUAUCCGUGAAGUUUACUCCUUUAGAUAACAACAAAAAUCUCAGGAUAACAGAGUAAAGCUAUGCAAUACAAAGUUGUACUAACUUAAAAAUAUAUGGAUACUGGCGUAGCAAGAAGCUCGUUACUGAAUAAGGUUUGCCAGACCUCAUGCUGGAACUUCAACUACUUCCAAGUGGUUAAAUCUAACUGAGUAUCUAGUCCCAUGAAUGAAGAGUAGAUGUCUGGCAAUUAAUAUGUGUAAGCAAACACAUACAAUCAUCAAACAUCAAGAUAAAUAAAACAUGUGUCCUUGAGCUGAAAGAACAUUUUAUUUACAUACCAUCGCAUGACAAUAACUAACUCCAGAUAUAAGCUGAUGAAAGAAGAAUCAAGCCUGAAAAAUAUUAAAAAAGUGUUUUUUUAAUUAAAAACGCCUUAAACAUAAGAUAAUGUAAGAGUACUGAUAUUACUCAAAAGAAACAAACAAAACCAUAAAUCAAACUGAUAUAUCUCAGAGAAACAAAAAAAACAAUCACAGAGAGCACCCACCAUACCACUUCCUAGAUCUUCUUCCAACCUGAUUAAACCUUAAACCUGCCGUAGCCUAGAACUGAUUUGAACCAUAAACUCACCAUAGCCUAGAUCUGAUUGAUUUGAUGAUUAAUGGUGAGGAUUAUCAAUUUCGAGCUAGGAGCCGAGCUUUGUUUCUUCAAUUGUCUGAUUAAACACUUGGAAAAUAAAGUAAAUAGACAUUAGGUUUCAACAUUAAGAAAAAAUGCCAAUCGACAAAUUCAGCGAUUGGUCGUUUGGUUCAUAAGGCUUUUGUGAAAAAGCAAGUUAUAAAUUUAGGAGAAGCCACGUGUCACUAAUUCCCCCAUUCUAUAUGCUGAGGUGGAUGAUUGUGGAGAGACUGAACUCUAAUUUAUUAUAUAAGAUAUAGAUAGAUAUCACCUACUACUACAUAACACAAUAAAAAUAUCAAACAAUGCUCUUAACAAAUAAAGACAACCACAUAAUUACAUCAUCCACAAAAUUAUACAUAACAAUACUAAGCAAAUAUUCCGCGUGAAACGCAAUAAGCCCCUAAUAAAAAUGUAUAAAUCUUAACAAAGAGGACAGUACAAUAAUUUUAAAAAUAAGAGAGAACCUAGUUAAUGAACCACAAAACAAACUGAUGAACAUAUCCACAUGGUCUUUUCCGUAGAGUUAGGAAACGCCGAAGCUUAUCUUCGGUUAAGAGAUUGAUUCAUAAUCACUUGUUUUCAUUAUUGAGCAGGGCCGAUUCAACACUGUUAUGAGCCUUAGGGCAAGUUCUUUUUUUUAAUCUCUAAAAUUUAUAUGCAUGUAAUGUUUAAAAUAUUUUUAAAAUUAUUUAGUAAUAUUUUUUAAUGAAAACAAAACUAUAUACAUAUCAAAUAAUUUUGGACCAUUUUCUAUUUUAUUUAUUAUAUUUAUAAUUUUUUAUAUAUAAAAUAUAAAUUUAUAAAUAAAUGGGCUUCUUAAUUAUUAAUAUACGGGGGACACGAGCUUGAGCUUAGGCCACGGGCGACCGCACCGCGCGCUUGUCCCCCUUAGUAAGCUGGCCCUGUUAUUGAACUGCGAACAAGCUCUCAAACCAAAGAAGAAAGUAUUCUGAGAUGGAACUCUUUGUCCAGGAUUACGAACUAGCAAACGAAAUCAUAUUUGUUUUCAAACUUCAAAAUUGCAGUUCUAUUAAUUAUUGAUGGUAUUACAGAGUCCCACUUUUGAACAGGCUUGAAAUAGAGACUGAAAAGUGCAUAACUAACAUUGUGUAGGAGGAAAAUAUAUCUUUGUGGAAGCAUGGACAAGAUAAGUACAAAAAGCUUUUUCCUCUUGUGAAAAUUGAAUGUAAUCCGGGAAAAGCACCAGGUUUGCAAUUGGUACCAAGCUGUGUGGUUGCAAUAUGCAAUACCAAAGUACUCUUUUCUUUUAUAGAUUGCUAUACACGAUAUAUUUUCAACAGGAGACCGUAAAGGAACGUGAAUGUUGAUGCUACAUGUGCUCUUUGCCAAGCACCUUUGGAAACAACAGGGCAUGUCUUUUUGAGUGUCAAUAGUCUGCACAAGUGUGGGAGACAUUGACAAAAGGAGUACUAAGGCACAAGUAUAUAGCGAGUUCGCAAAUCCUUCUUGGCCUCCCACAUCACAGACUCUUUCGAAGAAUAAAUUGAUGCUCUUCACUUUAAGAUAUAUAUUUCAGGCAACAAUCCACAGUAUUUAGAGAGAAAGAAACCAAAGAAGGCAUGACCAAUUGCCUUCACCAGCAACAUGACUGAUCAAGCUGAUUGAUAAAAAACAUGAGGAACAAGUUUAGCAUUAUUCAGAAAAAGAAAAGAGAAAAAUUUUGAAUUGAAGGAAGUAUGGCCUUCUGCUUUGCUACAAGACCACUAAGGAACUUUUGCUUAACAAAACUCUUUUUGCUCACCAAAAAAAAGACAAAGCUCUUAAAAUUGUAGUAAUUAAAAAAUGAAAAAAGAGAAAAGAGACACAUAAAUGUUGGGAGACGUCUCUUUGCAUAGAGACCAACAAUAAAAACGUGAAAAACUCAUUGAUUAGUUGUCUUUAUUUUACUGGUUACAUAUAUUUUAAAUUAAACUUUAAUAACAAAAAUAAAAUAUAUUAUUAUAUAUAUAUAUGAGGUAUUUUGUGGAGAGACUCUUUCAACGAAGAUGCUUUAGUUAGUGGAUGAGUUAUAAAAGAGUAGGAUCAAUUUUCUUUUAAUUGGUUACACACUAUGUAAAUAGGGUUUUUGAAUUAAAUUUAACAUUCAUUUUUUUUAAAUUAUUGAUUCUACCAUUUUUUUUCUAGAUCAAGUUGUGAAUCAAGAAUGUUAUAGUAUCUAUUAUCGACAAAAAAAAUCAUAUUUCAAAAAAAAAAGAAUAUGAAAAUUUAUAAAAACAGAGAGAAAGAGUUUAACCGCGUACUCAUUGUUACGGGGUCAAUAGCCUUCUAGCUCCGGUCACCACCCCUAGCCAUCUCUUUUGAUCCUCUUAGCCUCUUCCAUUAGCCUCAUCCUCUUCACUUUCUCUUUUUUUUUUGUUUGGUGUUACUGAUUUUUCGCCUGAGUUUUUGGUGAAUCUAGUCGAAGCUACAGACGUCUGUGGCCUCUCUGGAGCACUAGCAAAGCGAGGUUGGGUAGGGGAGUCUAAGGUACCUUUGAUUUCAGUCUCCGCUUGCUAAAUGAAACAGAUUUGGGUCAGAUUUGUACUUCUCUAUUCCGGAAAGGAUGGUCGAGCAUUGCUCUCCUCCUCAGUGUCUUGGCUCCAGCUUGUUCCUGUGCGGUUUUGCUGGCUUGUUGCAAGAUCAGUAGAUGUCUUUCUUGGUGGAACUUUUGGAUCUUUCCACUUGUGUCAUGUUGUCGGAUUUUAUGGUAUUAGUGGUUUGACGGGCACCGUGCUUCUCAAUCUAUAUGGUGUUUGACAGUUUCUUUUGCAAAUUUUCUUUCCUGUUUUGGUGAUUGCUUUGAUCUCUUAUCAUUUCAAUUUGUGUCCGGAUGUUUGAGUAUUUGGUUUCGAUCGACGAGGCUUCGUUUUGUGUAGGUUUUUUGAAGAUUUAUGGUGGGCUUCUAUCUAGGUGGAAAGGGGGUAAAUUAAAUUGGUAAAAUAAAUUUGUUAAUUAAAUAAUGAACCAAUAAAUUUAAAAGAAAUUUUAUUCAUUAAACUAUCAAAAAUUUUAUUGGAAAUUCUAAUUUACUUCAAAUUUGAUAUCACUUUUCAAUUUAGUUUUAUAUGAUAACCAUUUCAUAAAUUUCUUAAGUUUAUUAUGAAAAAGAAAAAAUAACAUUUUCAAAUCAUUUAUAAAUUUUUAAUAGUUAGUUAUAGAACUUUAAAAACUCAACCUCAUCCCAAAUACUAAACCCUAAACAAUAACUACUAAACCUUAAACUCAAAUGUUAGUGUUUUUUAUCCGGUGUAUUUUGAAAAGUGGUAUCCGACUUAGCUUAUUUCAAGCAAUUUCUCAAAACAUUAUUUGAUUAGUGUUGCUUUAAUUUUGUAUUUGUAUAUGCACAUUUAUAACUAAUUUUGAUAAUAUAUAUAUAUAUAUAUACAAAGUAUAAUUAUUAACUUGAUGUAAAAAUAUAUUUGUAAUUAUAUUUAUUUUAUUAUUUUUAAAUUUAAUAACAUAUUAAUCUAAUAGUUAUAUAUGAGUUAAUUUAUUUAAAUAGUUUUGUUAAAAUAAAUAUUAUAUUUUUAUCAACAGAAUUUAACUGGUUGAUAAAUAUAAUAGUUUUGUUACAAAUCAUUCUUUACAUUUUUUAAUGUGUAUGUCAUGUCAUCAUUUUUCAAUAGCCACAUCAUCAUUUUUUCUAAGAUUAUGAUCAUUUGUCUUAAAAAUUCAACACUCUAAUUUCUACUUUUUACACUCCACAUCAUCAUCUCUCUCUUCCACCUAGCAAUUCAACACCCAUUCAUUUUUAUACUAUACAAUAGUUUUGUUUAAUAAAAUUUAACGCUCUAUCUAUUUUUUAUUGUUAAGAGUUUUCAAUUAGUUUAAUUAAAAUAAUAUAAAAUAAAAUAAAUUAUUUUAGUUACAUUUUUACAAAAAACAAAAAUAAAAAAAAUAUGAGAUCAUUAAAUAGACUUUUUAAAUUAUAUAAUUGAAAAAAGUUUUACAUAAAGAGUAAUUUUGAAAUUGAUAGUUGUUGGUAUUUGGAUAGUUAAAAAGGUAAUUUGUAGAAUUUUGGAUAUUAGACGGAUUAUUGUUAGGAUCCAUUUUGGUUAUUAGACGGAUUAUUGUUAGGAUCCACUAUAGUAGAAAUUGAAGUUUUUUUUUGUAUCCAAAUCAAAUGAACCAAAUCUUUAUUUAUAAAGUAGAAAAAUUACGAAUUUUGAUAUAUAAAUUUUGUUGUAAAUAAUUGUUGUUGAAUUAUUGAGAUAAGAAUAAAAAAUACAUAAUCUAAUAAUAAGAGAGAGACUCAUAUUAAAAAUGGGUCCCACUUGGUGUUUAUUCAACAUUUGAAUUCUUUCAACCGGUUGAAUCCAAAUAAGCAUUCGACAGCCCCACUAUUUUGCCUCUUGUUUUUCCAACUGUUGAAAAAAAUCAUUCAACAGCUUCAAUGUGCGUAGCCUAAGAUUGAAUGUGGUGAUGAUACGUAUACAAAUCAUUUAUUAAAUAAUGUAUAGAGAAUUCCUUCUAAGACGUAUAUAUAUUUUAAAAACACAUCUCUAGUUUUCGUAUUUUUGCAAUCUAUGAUAUACGAUUGGAGUUUCUUAGAUUAUUGUGUUAAGAUCAUCCAAUUGUAUUUGGUAAAAAAACGUUAUGAAAUCUUGUAAAAAUUAAAAAAUAUAAUAAAUUUGCUAUAUAAUUUGUUACCACCAUAAAUAAUCUACAAUUAUCAAUAUUUUAAUUUAUAAUUUUAAUUAGUCGACAAAUUGAUAAUUAUUUAUUUAUAUAUUAUAUAAAUUUAAAUUUUAUUUAUCCUAAUUUUUUUUUUGUAUCUAGAAAUUUUGAGCAGUUUUGCAAUCUGAAAACAUCACACACCAUUUUAGAAGGUACUCAAUAUACAAUUUCUCCUUUAAUAUAAUAUAAUCAAAUAUUAGAUAUAGGUUUCAGAAACUUAAUAUUUUGUCAUAUAAAUUAAUUACAUUCAAUGUGGAAAAAAAUAUGUAUGAUACUUAUAAAUUAUCAGAUCAUAAAAUGACUAAUGUUAAUUUAGUAGAAAUGUCUAUUAAUAUAAUAAUGUAUAUUAUUAGCUAUGCUUUUAAUAAAUAAAUAAUUAAGAAGAAUCGGGAGUGCUUGGUCGAAGCUCUAGUAGGUAGCCACUCCCUUCUCAGGGAAUCUAUUUUGAAAUAAAAACAAGAAAAGAUAGUUGACUAUACGAAGUAUUGCCCAUCACUGUAAACUAAAAUAAUGUAUACCUAGCAAUACGAAGUAUGUAUUAUGUAUGGUAAUAUCCCUCAUCUUAAUAAUGUUAUGUAGUUAACAUUAUGAGUUUAUUUUCAUUCAUCCAAAAUUGAUGUAAAUGCCAGAAACCAUUUAAAUCUCUCGUUUUUAUCAAUUAAAAUAUGAUAUACUUGACGAUAAUUUAACUAAAUAUAAAAGUUAUAUAAGAUAUUAUUUUAUUUUGGUUUUUAAUUAUUUCAAUCUGUUUUCUUAUUAACUCUUAAUAAAAUUUCUGUAACUCGUUUGAUUAGUUGUGUGAAAUAUACUUAUUUGAUCAAUUUUUAUUAUAAAACUUAUUUGAUCAAUUUAAUUUUAUUUGUUUGAUAUAAAAUUAUUUAAAUAAUGAAUUAUUUUAUUUGUAUUUUCAUAAACAAAAUUGCACCCAUUUAAAAAUGUAUCAAAUAAGUAUAUAUCACACAAUUAAUCAAACGAAUUACAGUAGUUUUAUUAAAAUUUCAUAAGAAAAUGGAUUAAAAUAAUUAAAAACAAAUUACAUAGUAUCUUAUAUAACUUUCAUAUUCAAUAUAAUAAAAUAAUAUUAUUUUAUAUUUUCAAAUAUACUAAAAUAAAAAUAUUAAAACACUACUUAUCAAAAAAUGUUAAAACAUAUUGAUUUUGUAAAAUAGAUUUUGUUAAAAAUAUUCUUACGCUUUUAAAAUGUGGGUUAAAAUAUCAUUUACUUAAAUUACGAUCGUCAUAUUUUAAUUGAUGAAACAAAGUAUUAAACAGUUUUUAAUAUCCACAUUAAUUUUUGGAUGAACAAAACUAAAUUCGUGAUGUUAAUUGUAUAACAUUAUUAAAUUAAGGAAUGAUAUCAUGCAUAACAUAUAUUUCGCUUAGUUAGUUUAAUUUGAUUAGUCAUGUGAUGACUAAUACUCCAUGUAUCAGUAAUUAUUUUUUCUAGAAUAAAUAGAAUAUAUAUAAGCAAAAUAUAUAUAUAAGGUUCACAAUAUACAUCUGAUCUGGUUCUUGUGCCGUCUAUACAUAAUUUAAAGUGGUAAACGCCACCUGCACGUAAGCGAAAUUGUUUUUAUUAAACCUUUUGUUUUUACCUAAUUAAAUAGCACCAAUUUGGUGAACCUUUUGUCGUUUUUGAGGAUUAAACUAAGUGUUGUACCCAUUUUUUAGCAAAAACAAACGACAUGCAACCUAAUCUUUGAAUAAAAUGUUAUCUUGUGUGUAUAAAAAUUUGCAAAAAUAAUAAAAUAAAAAGUCACUUAUUUAUAGAUUUAGGUUAUCGUGUAGUUAUACACAGUUUGUCACUAUUGAAAAAGCAAACGAAAACUCCAAUAAUACCUAUAAAUGUAAUCAGGCUCAGCCCUGAAAACCUUUUUUAAAAUUUGAAUUGGAAGAACAAAAAAAGGGGAUGUUAAGUGGUGUUAAACCUGUUACCUUUGAGUAGAAUAUUAACUACUUUGACACAAAACAUAAUCUGAAUAAAUUGCAUAAAUAAAUUAAAGUAAGAGAUACACAUAGUUCAAAAUCUUCUCUCAGAAAGAGUUCUGUCUUGUCUCUCCAUAAAUUCUCUAAGAUAAUUUAAAGCAUCGCCUAAACAACGGCUCAAAUAAUAGUUAAUAUAGACACAAACAUGUUUGAGACUUAUUUAUAAAUGCUGAAGAUUUUUGGAUCAAAGUGCAAUUUUUGAAACUUUGUUAAAGACGCUAGUUGGCUUGGUCACAAGGGUGUCGAUCGACACCAACCUAAAGAUCGACUCCGACGUUAGCUUUUCAACUUCGAUUCUCUUCAAACUCCAAAUUGCUACAGAAUUUUCAGAGUCAUCCAAAACAUACUUAAACCUGCAAAGUCUGUGAAAAAUACUUGAAACGUAAUAUAAAAACUCUAAAUAGAACUUAUAUCAUAGUCAAACUCAUAAAAACCAUGAUAUAUCAUCCCGGUUCCCAAUAUUUUAAACACCAAAAGAUGACUUUUUACUCUCUUUUUUUUGAUAAUUUUUUUAAUGUAAUUAUGAACUUCUUAUGGUCAACUUUCUAGAUAUGGCUGAUCAAGAAAUAUAGCGAAAUUGGAUGUGUUAGAUUUUUUUGGAUCAACCGAGCGGAUUGCCUACUAACACUUUAUUUUCAUUUUUGACCUAGAUCUCUAUCCUAGAUAUGUUGUUUUUGGCGCCUUUAGAUUGUACUCAUAUAUACCAUCAAGAACUUCCCUUAUGCUCAGUGAUGAUGUGUUUAAGUGUCUUCAUUUAAGCCUCUAUCAAGCGAUAAUUGUACUCAUUCCAUCAACUAGUGGUUGGCCGCGGGCAUCUUUGAUAAGUAUCAAAUUUCUAGCUAUAAGAAAGUUUUGGUGUAUUGAUAUGAGCACUUGGAUCGUUUGCAUCUAAGUUUCAAGUUAAUCAUUCUUAAGUCGAUUUGUUUUAUUGUGAACUUAUGUUGUUUGAUUAUAAUCAGUAUAGUAAAUACUAAUCAUUUUAUAUGGUUUUUAAUAGUGCUUUUAUGUUGAGGGAUUAUUUUUUUCGCCAACUUUCUUUCUUAAAAAUAUUUCUCAGCUUUCUACUUUUUUGUGUUUUAACAAAAUAAAGAUGAUAAAAAUAAAGAAAGCAUAAAUCUUUUUGUGGAUGUUCAUUUGGUUAUUGUAAAAUGUUUUGGUUUUGUAUAAACUAACUUUAAUGUAUUUAAUGUACUUAAUGUACUUUAAUAUCUUUUAUUUUUUUUUUCUCUUCAGUAUCUUUUAUUUUUUUUUUCUCUUCAGUUAUGAAAAUUCAUAAAAGAUAUAGUACAAGUGGUUAGAGAAAAACAAAGAAAUGAUUAUCAACAAAAGAAGAAAAGUGUAGAGAUUAAGAGCAUCAUCUCCAACCCAUUGAAAUUUUGUUUAUAAUAGCAUGUAUAAGCAGUUUUACUCCAAUGCAUUGCUAUUCGAUCUUCUUCUAAAAUAAUUUUUUUUACUUUUGUAUUUAAGAAGACAAAAAAGAAAUCUCUGUUUUUAAUACCGAUGGUUUAACAGUUUCUGAAGAAAAAAACAGGAAAAUAUUUUCAAACUUUAUCUGUACUGUGGAAUUUUUUAUUUUAAAAGAAAAAUAGAAAAAUACCGAUGGUUUAACUGUUUUUUUACAAUGAACGAUACUAUUCAAUUACUAAGAUUUGAGGUGGUGUGGAUAACCAAACCGUAAUAGAACAAGCAAUGUAACAAAGUUUUCGAUAAAAAGAUCUUGCAAUCUUAGCUAAAGAGUCCGAGCUCCAUUUUGCGCUCUCGGAAUGAGAUAUUUUGAAGUCCAAAAAUAUAUCUGCAGCGUUUUUAUCAUCUCUAAUUCUGUUACAAAACAUGGUCGAUGGUUUAACAGUUUGUGAAGAAAAAAAUCAACCGAUACAUAUGAUCUGCCGCUUUGGGCAGACCAUCAACCUAUAGAUGAGUAAAAAUGCACGCUUCAUAAGGAAAUACUCCACCCGCACGUAAAUUGUUGUUUAUUCCAUAGUUUCUACACCUUUUUGUUUUUAAAUAGGACCAAUUUGGUGGACUUUUGUCAUUAGAGGAUUCCAACUAAACGUUACAUGUUUUUUAAACAAAAAACUAACGACAAAAAAACACUGACAAGUUAAAAUCUGAAAAACUACUAACUUUUUCUUCCUGUGGGUACGCGUAAGAGGUUCCAUUUUCCAUGUUUUAGAAUAUUUAAUUGAUAUUAGCAUUAUGAUUGAUCAAGAAACGAUUACUUGUUUCACUUUUUCAAUUGGAUAGAUGUAUGCUUACAUUAGAAUUUGUAACCUUGCGCGAGACAUUUAUUUAAGAAAUAAUCAGCGCCACAAAUACUAAAGGUCAUACUUGGUAAUAUUAUAUAUAACGAAUCGGUCUUUAUGAAUUGGACUUACACAAGCAAUCUUUUCUCUCUACUGUCGUCCUCUCUCACUUUCUAUACGAUGGCGGGAAACGGUAGUUUAGCGACUGUUCUAGGGCUAAUUUUGGUGCUCACACUGUUCCAUAACCCGAUCACUGUUGCCGGACAAAGUAUUCCGGCGGUGGCUUUAUUUACGUUCGGUGACUCAAACUUCGACGCCGGAAAUAAACAGAGUCUCACCAAAGCAAACGUUCCACAAGGUUUCUGGCCGUACGGAAAAUCCAGAGACGACCCUAACGGCAAAUUCUCAGACGGAUUCAUCGCUCCGGACUUCGUCGCAAAAUUCAUGGGCAUUCCGAUCGAAAUCCCCGCGGCGAUGAAACCGAACGUCAAUGUUUCACGUGGAGCUAGUUUCGCUGUCGCUGAUGCUACUCUUCUCGGAGCUCCUGUGGAAUCUUUGAAUCUUAAUCAACAAGUGAGGAAAUUCAAUCAAAUGAAAGCGUCAAACUGGAACGAUGACUUCGUCAAGAAGUCGCUGUUUAUGAUAUACAUUGGUGCUAACGAUUACUUGAACUUCACCAAGAACAACCCUAUCGCCGAUGCAUCUGCCCAACAAGCUUUUGUCACUUCCGUGACCAACAAGUUAAAGAACGAUAUUAGCUUAUUGUAUGCAUCAGGAGCUAGUAAGUUCGUUAUCCAAACCCUAGCACCAUUGGGUUGCUUACCGAUCGUCAGACAAGAUUACAACACCGGGAUGGACCAAUGCCAUGAAACUCUUAAUAAUUUGGCUAAACAACACAACGACAAAAUCGGACCCAUGUUGAACGAAAUGGCUAGAACUGCUCCUGGUUUCCAGUUCACAGUCUUUGACUUCUACAAUGUUAUUCUUCGUAGGACGCAGAGGAGCUUAAACUACAGGUUUUUGGUAACGAACUCAUCGUGCUGCGGAGUUGGGACACACAAUGCUUACGGUUGCGGUUUCCCCAACGUGCACUCGAAACUAUGCGAGUACCAACGAUCUUAUUUAUUCUUCGAUGGGCGUCACAAUACAGAGAAGGCACAAGAAAGUUUUGGUCAUCUUCUUUUUGGAGCCGAUCCAAAUGUUAUCCAACCGAUGAACGUCCGUGAGCUCGUUACUUACCCAGUCGAUGAACCAAUGCGUGAGUUUUGGUUACCUACAACUUCGUCCGUGAGGGACUCUACCUCGUCAUCAAGCCACGGUUACGAGUUCUACUGAGUCUAUAUAAAAAUCUCUUAUUUCACAAAAUUCGGAAUCUUAAUGUUUUUAGUGACUCUAGCUCGUCAUCUUGCUCGAGUGCGUUUCCCUCUGUAACAAAAGAUUGUAGUUAUUAUUGGAAUUGAAUUAAAUUUAAAGCUAUCAAAAAUUCAAAACCAAUAUUUGUUCGUUUCCAA